UUUUCUGCUAGCUGAAUUGAAAUGUGCCGAGUUUUCAAAACCCAACUUAGGCAGGCAGCAAUAGGCUUUGUACACUUGCAUCCUGAGUCUACACCUGCACUUCAAACAUGACUACUCAACUAGAAAUUUUCCAUCUCCUCUUCUCUUUGUGUUAUCCUUGCUUCUUCUCAAGCAAUGGCUUCACUUCCUCUAACCUUCUUCCCAGCAUUUCUGGGGCGAGAGCCAUCUAGUUUCAACUCUAUCCAUUGCUGUAAGAACCCAAAGGAAACAUUUGAACUUUCUUCAAAUGGGCAACUCACUUUUCCUGAAAAGAAUCCUCUAAUAUUGUACCCAACUAAAAUCCCACCUCCUAGGCCUCGCAGGAUAAUACUGGUUCGACAUGGAGAAAGCGAAGGUAACGUUGAUGAGAGUACCUACACAAGAGUUCCUGAUCCAAAGAUUGGACUCACACAGAAAGGCAAGGCACAAGCUCAAGAAACUGGGAAAAGAAUUAGACAGAUGAUUGAGAAAGAUGGUAGUGAUUGGAAGGUCUACUUCUAUGUGUCACCAUAUAGAAGGACCCUCGAAACAUUGCAGAAUUUGGCUCGACCAUUUGAGCGUACAAGGAUUGCUGGCAUGAGAGAGGAGCCUCGUCUACGAGAACAAGAUUUUGGGAAUUUUCAGGACAGAGAGAAGAUGCGAGUUGAGAAAACCCUUCGAAUACUCUAUGGGCGUUUCUUUUACCGAUUUCCCAAUGGAGAAUCUGCAGCUGAUGUUUAUGAUAGAAUCACAGGAUUCAGAGAAACACUGAGAGCAGACAUUGAUAUCGGACGCUUUCAGCCACCAGGGGAACGAAGUCCAAAUAUGAACUUAGUGAUAGUGUCUCAUGGCCUCACAUUGCGUGUUUUUCUAAUGAGGUGGUACAAAUGGACUGUGAAACAAUACGAGGCACUCCACAACUUUGGCAAUGGAGGAAUGAUAGUUAUGGAAAAAGGUUAUGGCGGAAGGUACAGCUUAUUAAUGCAUCACACAGAAAAAGAGCUAAGGGAGUUUGGAUUGACAGAUGAAAUGCUGAUUGAUCAAGAAUGGCAAAAAGCAGCAAGACCAGGUGAACUAAACUAUGAUUGUCCUACCAUGAAUUCUUUCUUCACCCACUUUGAUGAUUAGGGCUGCAAAACUCGACUCGAAGGAAAAGAUGCAUUAUUCAUCAAUUCCAACAUCAUAAAAAACUAGAGAGUACCAAGAGCAGACUAGUCUUGCUUGCUUAAGAAUACAAUUGUGAGCAGUAAGCCAAGGCUCUAAAGAAGUUGUAUGCAGCAAUUUAAGGCAAAACCGACAGGAUCAGUGAUCAGGAUUCAGAUAAUGUUCUGUAAAUAUCACCCUGCAACACAAAUGCGUAGAAAAUAAAGUGUGCGCAGCUUGUUAAUUGCGAGUUUUUGUU